CGGGCUACGGCGCCGGCGAACGGAGGCCGCGAGCCGGGGUACCGCGGGGUGGAGCCCGGGCCUGCGGUGCCGUGAGGUCCCCGGACUGAGGCUCGAGCCACCAUGGCCAGUGUUCACGAGAGCCUCUAUUUCAACCCCAUGAUGACCAACGGGGUGGUGCAUGCCAACGUGUUCGGCAUCAAGGACUGGGUGACGCCGUACAAGAUCGCGGUGCUGGUGCUGCUGAACGAGAUGGGCCGCACGGGCGACGGCGCCGUCAGCCUGAUGGAGCGGCGGAGGCUCAACCAGCUGCUCCUGCCGCUGCUGCAGGGCCCUGAUAUUACACUGUCAAAACUAUACAAGUUAAUUGAAGAAUCUUGUCCUCAGCUGGCAAAUUCGGUACAGAUCAGAAUCAAACUGAUGGCUGAAGGUGAAUUAAAGGAUAUGGAACAGUUUUUUGAUGACCUUUCAGAUUCUUUUUCUGGAACUGAACCAGAGGUUCACAAAACAAGCGUUGUAGGUUUAUUUCUACGUCACAUGAUCCUGGCCUACAGUAAGCUUUCUUUCAGUCAAGUGUUUAAACUGUACACUGCCCUUCAACAGUACUUUCAAAAUGGUGAGAAAAAGACAGUGGAAGAUACUGACAUGGAACUGACAAAUAGGGAGGAGAGUGAAAGAAAAAUGGAAAAAGAGGAGCUGGAUGUCUCUGUCAGAGAAGAAGAAGUAUCUUGCAGUGGGCCCCUGUCCCAAAAGCAAGCAGAGGUUUUUCUUUCUCAACAGGCUUCUUUGUUAAAGAAUGAUGAGACUAAAGCCCUCACGCCAGCUUCUUUGCAGAAAGAAUUGAACAACUUGUUGAAAUUUAACCCUGAUUUUGCCGAAGCGCAUUAUCUCAGCUACUUGAACAAUCUCCGGGUCCAAGAUGUUUUCAGUUCAACACACAGCCUCCUUCAUUAUUUUGACCGCCUGAUUCUUACCGGAGCUGAGAGCAAAAGUAAUGGGGAAGAGGGCUACGGCCGGAGCUUGAGAUACGCAGCACUGAACCUGGCCGCCCUGCACUGCCGCUUCGGUCACUAUCAGCAGGCCGAGCUCGCCCUCCAGGAGGCCAUCAGGAUUGCCCAGGAGUCCAACGAUCAUGUGUGUCUGCAGCAUUGCUUGAGCUGGCUUUACGUGCUGGGGCAGAAGAGAUCUGACAGCUGUGUUCUGCUGGAGCACUCUGUGAAGAAGGCAGUGCAUUUUGGGUUACCGUACCUCGCGUCCCUGGGAAUACAGUCCCUGGUGCAGCAGAGAGCUUUUGCUGGGAAGACGGCAAACAAGCUGAUGGACGCCUUGAAGGACUCCGACCUCCUGCACUGGAAGCACAGCCUGUCGGAGCUCAUCGACAUCAGCAUUGCCCAGAAAACGGCCAUCUGGAGGCUCUACGGCCGCAGCACCAUGGCCCUUCAGCAAGCCCAGAUGCUGCUCAGCAUGAACAGCCUGGAGUCGCUAAACGCCGGCGUGCAGCAGAACAACACCGAGUCCUUUGCUGUCGCACUCUGCCACCUUGCGGAGCUACACGCUGAGCAGGGUUGUUUCGCUGCAGCUUCUGAAGUGUUAAAGCAUUUGAAGGAACGAUUCCCACCCAACAGUCAGCACGCCCAGUUAUGGAUGCUAUGUGAUCAGAAAAUCCAGUUUGACAGAGCAAUGAAUGAUGGCAAAUACCACUUGGCUGACUCACUUGUGGCAGGAAUCACAGCUCUUAAUAGCAUAGAGGGCGUAUAUAGAAAGGCAGUUGUACUACAAGCUCAGAACCAAAUGUCGGAGGCACACAGGCUCUUACAGAAGCUGUUGAUCCAUUGUCAGAAGGUGAAAAACACAGAGAUGGUGAUCAGCGUCCUGCUUUCAGUGGCCGAGCUGUACUGGCGAUCCUCCUCCCCCACCAUCGCGCUGCCCGUGCUCCUGCAGGCUCUGGCCCUCUCCAAGGAGUACCGGCUGCAGUACUUGGCCUCCGAAACAGUGUUGAACUUGGCUUUCGCCCAGCUCAUCCUUGGAAUCCCAGAACAGGCUUUGAGUCUUCUCCACAUAGCCAUUGAACCCAUCCUGGCCGACGGGGCAGUCCUGGACAAAGGCCGCGCCAUGUUCUUGGUGGCCAAGUGCCAGGUGGCUUCGGCAGCUUCCUACGAUCCACCAAAGAAAGUAGAAGCUCUGGAGGCCGCCAUCGAGAACCUCAACGAAGCCAAGAGCUACUUUGCAAAGGUCGACUGCAAAGAGCAGAUCCGAGAUGUGGUUUACUACCAGGCCAGGCUCUACCACACGUUGGGGAAGACCCAGGAGAGGAACCGUUGUGCGAUGCUCUUCCGGCAGCUGCACCAGGAGCUGCCCUCUCACGGGGUGCCCUUGAUCAACCAUCUCUAGUGAGGGCCUCGUAGGCCAGGACCUGUUGUGCAGUGGAUACGAUUGAGGACUUAUUCAACCCUCCCUCCAUGUGAAUGACGUGUUUGUAACACCCUGUCUCUCUGGUCAAUAAACUGUACUCUGAGUAAUUUUAUUUUGUUGCUAGAAAGUACAUAUUUGUUUUAUUCCCCCUUCUCUCUCUUUUUGGUAGCAAAGUACACCACCUUUUUAUGAAUAAACAACUCUUUGCUAACCAGUUGGUGCCAGUGUCACAGAUCA